GUAAGCCAUACGAACACCAACUGAAACUGAAAAAUUGAAAAAAAAAAGAAAGAAAAGAAAAGCUCUGCCUCUGAGCGUUCAACACUCUAUCCCUUUAUCCCAACCGGUGGAGGCAAAGAAAUCAAUCAACCAAGAAACAAAAGCAACGGGCUUUCUCAUGGGGAGCUCUUGCUUUUUGCACUCACCCCUCUCCCUCUCUCCUUUCCCCUCUUCUUCUUCUUCUUCCUCUCACCCCAUUUUCCUGUGUUCCUCCUCCAGGAAUGCAGAUACCAGGAGGAGGACGACGACGUUGCCAAUGGCGUCCCUGCGGCAGGAGGACUCAAACGACAGCGUUUGCAGCAGCAGGAGGGCUAUUCUGUUUGUGGGCAUUUCAGUUCUUCCAUUUUUGCAGCUCAGGGGCACUGCUCUUGAAGGCUUGGCCACUAAAGAAAGUGAGCUAAAGACACGGGAGGAGAGUAAAAACGCAGAGGAAGCACCUCAAACAAAUGGAGCAACAAAUCCCGUUUUGUCUCUCCUAAAUGGCAUUGGUAUAUUCAGUUCUGGUGUUGUCGGUGCACUCUAUUUGUUGACUCAGUCGGAAAAGAAAGCCACUGAUGCCAUCGUCGAAUCUAUGAAGACCAAGCUGAAAGAAAAGGAAGCUGCUAUUGUUUCACUGGGGAAGAGCUAUGAAUCUAAGCUACUAGGUGAACAGGAAGAACGGAGCAAGCAACUCGCAAAGGCAAAGGAAGAGCAGAAUUCCCUAACAAGCCAACUGAGUUCGGCAAAAAGUACAAUUGCAAGCUUAAGAAAGGAACUAAAUGGUGAGAAGAAAUUGAUUGAGGAGCUUAAAAUUCAAAUUGACAGUCUUAAAACCAACCUUUCAAGGGCCGGAGAAGAAAAGGUGGUACUUGAAGAAAAUUUGAAGGAAAAGCAAAACUCAAUUGAAGUCUUACAGGGAAGGAUUGAUUUGCUCAAUUCAGAUAUCAAGGAUAAAGAAAAUAAUGUUCAAAGUCUUGGCUCUUCUCUUGUAGCAAAAGAUAUGGAGUUGAAGGACUUGAAAUCUAUCUACAAUCAAACGAGGGAUGAACUAGCCAAUACACUUACAGAUAUUCAAAAAUUGAAAGGCGAAGUCCUGAAAAAUCAAAAGGAAUUGGAUUUGAAGAAUUUAUCUAUCGAUGAACUGAAUGCAACAGUUAGUUCUUUAAUUUCUGAGAUAGAUGAUUUGAAGAGGAAGUUUGUUGCUAUUCAGGAGGAAUACAAUAAGCUGAAAACAUCCUCCGCUAGAAAGGCAGAUUUGGAUUCUAAGCUUUUGGGAGAAAAGGAAGAGGAACUUCAGCAGCUAAAGGAAAAGCUUGAACUUGCUCUGAAUGACACGAGUAGAAACAAAGAAGUAAUUGCUGAUUUGACCCGAGAGAGGGAAAACUUAAAGGAAAUUCUGGAUAAAGAACUGGAAAAUGAAAAGAAUCUGAAACAUGAACUCAAUAGUACUCAGGAAGCUCUUGUAAAAUCAAGAAGUGAAGCUUCCAAUUUGGAAAAUCAAUUAAAACAGUCAAAAACUUUGUGCACGGAGCUUGAAGCUGAGAUCUCUAGGGUUCUGGCCGAGUUUGCUGGGGUCAGGGAAUCGCUGCAGAAGAGCCUUGAUGAGGCUACCUUAAGUGGUGAUGCGGUUGCUGGUGAGCUUGCUGCAGCAAAAGAACUUUUGAAGAAGACAAAUGAGGAGCUGCAAGUUCUGUCCCAGGACUUAGCAACUGUUGUGAUAAAACGUGAUAGCCUGCAGGAGGAAUUGGUUGAUGUCUAUAAAGAUGCUGAAAGAGCUUCUAAUGAUCUAAAAGAAGAAAAACAGCUAGUUUCUUCUUUAAAAAAAGAAGUUAAAGCUCUGGAGAGGCAGAUUUCGAAAGAUAAGCAGUCUCGUAAGUCUCUUGAAACAGACCUGGAAGGGGCUACCAAAGCACUGGAUGAGAUGAGCCGAAGUGCGUUGGUACUUUCCCAAGAUUUUGAGAGUGCUAAUUCUCUAAUUUCUAGCCUUGAAGAUGAGAAAAAGGUCGUUUACAAGUCCCUUACAGAGCAAAAGAUUGUGUCCAAAGAGGCCCGAGAAAACAUGGAAGAUGUCCGUAAUCUUGCCAUGAGACUGAGCAAGGAAAGGGUUGGUCUGGAGAAGAGAAGCAAAAAAUUGGAAGAGGAAUUGGCAUCUGCCAAGGGUGAAAUAUUGUGGCUAAGAAAUCAAAUAAACUCAUCCAAACAUCUUGUAAAUAAUCAGCAACUGCCGGAAAAGGCUGAAGAGCCUGUCACUGUCGCUCCAAGAAAACGUGGUAGGAGGAAAAAGGCUGCCGAGUAAAGGUAGUGAAGUACUUUAAUUGUGGUAAUCUUCUUUUCCCGAUUAUUUUGAGUCUUCCUGUACCAUCAUCCUAUGAAGCCAGUUGUUCUUUGGCUCUCUUGUUCUUGGACUUCAAAAUUUUUCCCCGAUAUGAAUGCGUUUUCAAGUAGGAUGCUGAGGGAGUAGUGAAAAAUGAUUUGUAUGUAACACAGAUGUGAUCCCUUUUACACACAUGUUCAGUGUAUAGUAUUGAUUCUGGAGUUUAGCGGAUGUAUAGAAGAGUCAAUAUCCAAUAUUUUCUUGCAACUUUCUGCAUC